CCGCCCCACAACCAACACGGCAGCCCCCCACACGUCUUGAUUCGAUUCCCCGCUGCCUCGCGGCCUCGCCUCUCCAACCUUCCCGUUCUCUCGCCACCCGCUUUGCUCUUCCAGUUCCAGUCUUUCCCCUGCCGCGCGCCGUGAAGAUGGGGAAGCGGUGGAUCCCGCUGGAGGCCAACCCGGACGUCAUGAACCAGUUCAUGUGGGGAUUGGGGGUCCCCGAGGGGGACGCGCAGUUCUGCGACGUCUACGGCCUCGACGACGAGCUGCUCGCCAUGGUGCCCCAGCCCGUGCUUGCCGUCCUCUUCCUCUACCCGCUCACCUCCCUGCUGGACGAGGAGAAGGAAGAAUCAGGCGCUUCUGGUGCGUCGACCGCAGAGGGCAAGGAUCUAAGCAAGAAGGUAUACUUUACGAAGCAGACUGUUGGUAAUGCAUGUGGAACAGUUGGUGUUAUUCAUGCAAUAGGGAACGCCACAUCGCAAAUCAAGCUAGUUGAGGGGUCCUAUUUUGAUAAGUUCUAUAAGAAAACAGCUGACAUGGAUCCAGUCCAGCGUGCAGCCUUUCUUGAGGAGGACGAUGAGAUGGAGGGUGCUCAUUCUGUUGCUGCAUCUGCUGGUGACACUGACGCCAAUGCUGAUGUGAAUGAACAUUUUGUAUGCUUCUCCUGUGUUGAUGGUGAGCUUUAUGAGCUUGAUGGACGAAAAUCGCAACCCAUAUCCCAUGGCCCUUCAUCACCAGAAACCUUGUUGCAGGAUGCUGCAAAGGUCAUCAAAGCCAGAAUUGCAGAGGACCCGGAUUCAGUGAACUUCAAUGUCAUGGCUCUUUCAAAGCCGUGAAGUAAACUGUGAUGGAUAAGGUCUCUGGCAUGGCAGAAGAUGACACCCCUUCUCCUUUCAGUUGUGCUGGGCACUUGCCGCGAAUAGAAGGUUUGCAUAGGGGAAAAACAAUGGAAAACACAGUUACCAAAAGCAAGAAGCUGUGCUUGUUGCACAGAUUUUCGAUCAUAUGACAUGAGAUGUUUCGUUGAUAUGCUGUCGUGCCUUGUUCAUGGAGAUAGAAAUUGUUGUUCACGAUUUCACUUCUUUCCUGCCUGUGUCGAAUGGAGACUUGGUUUAUUUUUUACCCCUGGCAGGCAUUUUCUCGUU